AUGGGCUAUUGGGAAGAGGUAGAGAAUAUUGCUGAAGCGCUUGAAAGAGCAAGUGCUGCAAAUAACUUCAAAUACAUGCUCAUUACACAAGGGAUAUCACCAACAACGGAAUUGGUCUUUAAAUACUCAAUGCAUUUUACUGACGAAGAAUUAAGAGAUUUCAGAAUUGUUUUUGGGCGAUCAUUCACUAGCAUUCGACCAGUAUUGAAUCGUACAUACACGUUAAAGUUGAUUCGAUCAUCAGGCAGUUGGGAUGCGGUCAGAAGACAACUCCAUGAUUUAUUCAAUUCUUUAAACCAAGGUGUAUGUAAAGAGAUUGCUAAAUUGUGGAUUCGAAUAUUGGCUCCUAAUAAACAAAAACAUUUCCCAUAUUCAAAAAAGAAUAUUGUGCCCAAUUGGUGGCCACAGGACGUUGUACAUACAGAGCCCGACCAUUUGAAGAAAGAAGAUCGAAUCAAAGUGUUAAUCAGCGUGGUGACGAAUAAAAAUUUCAAAUUCCGUGAAGUCGACACUAAAGCUAUUAAAACCAAAGUAGACCAUACUGAGGCCAUUGUUCAUGAAAUCAUUUAUAUUGCCUAUUUUUCUGGAUUAUUCUAUUCCCGCCAUGAACGAGAUGACAAAUCCUAUGAAGUUCUAUCUUCCAAUGAUAAAAAAUUGUUGGAUCAAGACGAAAUUGAGUUGGUGGUGAGCGAUUUCCGUUAUGAUGGUAGUGAAGGCAUAUCCCAAAGUAAAAUUAAGGAUGAGUAUCUUAAUCGAAAGAUAUUUAAAUUGAAAGGUGCCACCGAUGUACCGACAAAGCAGCAUACCGAGCUGUCUAAAAAAGUAAGGAAACGUCGAAAACCAUCUAAAAAACCUAGUUCCAAAGCCCUUGCUAAAGCAAUAAUUGAGUCGUUAGAACCUCAGGAAAAUUUUGAUUUGCGUAUUACACCUAAGACUUUGCCUUAUCCACUGCUGCCAUUACCUGAGUCGUCAACAAGAGAUCCUGACGAGCUCAAGUUUUCGUUUGCUGGGACUGCACCUGACAGCGAAUUGAUGAUGCACGCUCAAAGCGAUGAAAUGCCCAUGGAUCAAACGUUUGAUCCAAAUGCUGAAUACCAACUCGGCCCAAGCACCGCUUCUGAAUAUAUUCAAGAUUUUUUCAAUAUGCAAAACAAUGACUAUGAUGAUCCAGCAGCAACAUACAACCCUGAAGCUUCUGAAACUUCUGAAUACUAUCCUCAAUGUCCAAAUAAGAGUUGGGAAGAUAAGCUUGAUAGUAUAUUUGAAGAAAAUUCUGGAUAA